AAACUAAAAAACAGUUAUGCAACAAGUUGGUGACGGUGACGGUGACGGAAGGAUUAAAUAGACCAGUAAGCUAUAAAGAACAAGUCUCUCUUCCCUCAUCCCACAACACUCAUGUCUGACCAGAUGUCUACCUCUGUUGAGAAUGGAAAUGAUUCUCUGAAUGGUCACAUCAUAUCCACUACAGUUGGAGGUAAAAAUGGGAAGCCCAAACAGACAAUAAGGUACAUUGCGGAACGCAUCGUGGGAGCUGGGUCAUUUGGAAUUGUCUUCUUGGCUAAAUGCUUGGAAACGGGGGAGCCUGUGGCCAUUAAGAAAGUAUUACAGGACAGAAGAUAUAAGAAUCAUGAGCUACAGUUAAUGCGCAAGAUGGACCAUCCAAAUGUAAUCUCUUUGAAGCAUCGUUUCUUUUCCACUACAAGUGCAGAUGAACUUUUCCUUAAUUUGGUGAUGGAAUAUAUUCCAGAGUCUAUGUAUCGAGUCUCAAAGUUCUAUAGUAAUACUAAUCAAAGAAUGCCACUUAUCUAUGUAAAACUUUACAUGCAUCAGAUUUUCCGGGGGCUGGCUUAUAUCCACACUGUCCCUGGGGUUUGCCACAGAGAUUUGACGCCUCAAAAUAUACUGGUUGACCCACUUACACACCAGGUUAAGAUAUGUGAUUUUGGAAGUGCAAAAGUGUUGGUCAAAGGUGAAGCUAAUAUAUCACAUAUAUGUUCACUUUUCUAUCGGGCUCCGGAACUUAUGUUUGGUGCCACUGAGUAUACUACUUCAAUUGAUAUUUGGUCAGCUGGCUGUGUCCUUGCUGAACUGCUUUUGGGCAAGCCAUUAUUUCCUGGCGAAAAUGCAGUGGAUCAGCUUGUAGAGAUUAUCAAGGUUCUUGGCACACCCACUCAGGAGGAAGUUCCUUGUAUGAAUCCAAACAAAAAAAACUUCAAGUUUCCGCAGAUAUUCCAUGAAAAAAUGCCUCCAGAAGCAAUUGAUCUUGCUUCCCGGCUUCUGCAGUAUUCCCCAAGUCUUCGAUGUACUGCGCUAGAAGCAUGUGCACACCCAUUCUUUGAUGAACUCCGUGAACCCAAUGCUCAGUUGCCGGAUGGUAGUCCAUUUCCCCCUUUAUUCAACUUUAAACAAGAGUUAUCUGGAGCAUCUCCAGAGCUUAUUGAUAAAUUGAUACCUGACCACGUGAAGCGGUAGAUAGGGCUAUGAUAUGUCCAUUUGGCUGGAACAUGAUGUUAAGCUCGGCAAAGCCACAAUAUGACCAUUUGUUUAUCUGGAACAGGAUGUUUAAGCUUGGCAAAGUGUAUAGGAUACAAGUUAAAAGAGGGGUAGCAUCUUAUAGUCUAAAUUACAAGUUAUUAUAUGGUGGCAGUGUAAUUCUGUGCCUGACUGGGACCAAGAAUUGGGUUCUGGGUAGCAGCAGUUGAUCCACCACUCCAGCCAACAUAUAUGAAGCAUGAGAACUCUAAAAUUAAUGUGGACACGUACCGGGUACACACUGAGUACUGUAGGUACCAGGUAUAUAACAUGAUUAUUUUUCAAAAAAAGUAAAUUAACUCGGUAUGAAUACACUUGGGCACUAUUUGGGUAUGUACUGUCCCAAACUUGUGGUGGAUCGUUUAUGGUGCUACAAUCCCCAAACAUCCUUGAAGGAUUUAGUUUUUAUACAUUCAAAUCGUCAUCCGCUCCCAAAAUAAGAGAUUAUAGUGAGGAUGAAAGCAAAAUGUUAAAUAUUGGUGGAAAUAAAUAGGAUUUAUUUGAAGGGCUUGAAGUUCAAGUUCUUACUCUGUCCUGAUGAAGCUGAUGUGGACCAUUAAUUAGGAUUAUCAUAUCUAUUUAUUUAGUCUUGAUUUUUUCAUCUUUUUUCUUUUUUUCUUUAUCUUAACCUAUCUUGAUAUUUGAAUUUGAGAAUCUUGAUUUCAGAUCCUUAUUUUAUUGUUUAGGAUAAUUGUUCAUUUUGAUCCUAUUAAUUGGGAAUCUCUAUUUUUAUUUUAGCAAUAAGGAUCAAUUAGGAUUUUUGUUAGGGAUAUCUUUGUAGCCUUUUUUAAAGGCAGACUUUAUUGAAAUAUUAUCAAUGAGAAAUAACUU